CAAUGAUGUCACUGACAAAGCCACGCCUCUCAAGAGCGCAACAACCGGAAAAUACUGAGGAAUGCGGCGACGUUAAGAUUGAUUCAUUUGAAGUCAGCAAAUCAUGGCUGGCUUCAGACAGGAGGAUGUGGAGCUGUACUAUGAAAUGGGAGAGGAGUUAGGAAGUGGGCAGUUUGCCAUUGUGCGUAAAUGUAAAGAAAAGAGCACCAGAACAGAAUAUGCGGCCAAGUUUAUCAAGAAGAGACGCCUGUCAUCCAGCCGACGAGGUGUGAGCCGAGAGGAGAUUGAGCGGGAAGUGAACAUCCUUCGAGAGAUCCAACACAGCAACAUCAUCACCCUCCAUGACAUCUUUGAGAACAAGACCGACGUAAUCCUGAUUCUGGAGCUGGUGUCUGGAGGGGAGCUCUUUGACUUCCUGGCUGAGAAGGAGUCACUGACUGAGGAGGAGGCCACGCAGUUCCUCAAGCAGAUCCUGGAUGGAGUACACUACCUCCACUCGAAACGCAUAGCACACUUUGACUUGAAGCCUGAGAACAUAAUGCUGCUGGAUAAAAAUGUGCCGAACCCCAGAAUCAAGCUGAUAGAUUUUGGAAUUGCUCAUCAGAUUAAGGAUGGAAAAGAAUUUAAAAACAUCUUUGGAACUCCUGAGUUUGUUGCACCGGAAAUUGUGAAUUAUGAGCCUCUUGGUCUGGAGGCAGAUAUGUGGAGCAUUGGAGUUAUCACAUAUAUACUCUUGAGUGGCGCUUCUCCGUUUCUUGGUGAGACCAAACAAGAAACACUUACCAACAUUUCAGCAGUCAAUUAUGACUUCGAUGAAGAGUACUUCAGUAACACAAGUGAGCUCGCCAAGGACUUUAUUCGCCGACUGCUGGUCAAGGAUCCUAAGAAGAGAAUGACAAUCGAAGACAGUCUCCAGCAUCCCUGGAUCAAGGUGAUUAAGAGGCGUAAUGUUCGUCCUGAGGAGUGUGAGCGUAAGACAGAGCGCAGGCGUCUGAAGACCACCCGUCUAAAGGAGUACACCAUCAAAUCCCACUCCAGCAUGCCUCCCAACAACACCUACAUCAACUUUGAGCGCUUCUCCCAGGUCAUGGAGGAGAUCUCAGCAGCUGAGGAAGGCCUACGAGAGCUGGAGAAGAACCAGCGCUCCUGUGCUGAGGACGUGGCUGCUCUGCUCUCCAUCUAUGAGGAGAAAGAAAGCUGGUACAAGGAGGAGAGCGAAAGCAUCGCAGCAGAUCUGAAUCAGAUCAAACAGGAGCUGCAGAGAGCACAAGCCCUGCGCAGACAGAGCCAAGAAGAGACCCGUGCUGCCAUGCUGUCAGCCAAUGCCCUCAAACGCAAGUUUGGCCGCUUGGAGAACCGCUACGAAGUGCUCGCUGAGCAGAUGAGCUCAGAGGUUCGCUGGGUGGAAGAGCUGGUGCGCUCGAUUUCAGCUGAAAAUGACACUCGCAGCACCAGCGUGGCUUAAGCUGCUCUGUUUGCUUUCUGAACACAAUGACUAUCUGAUAUAUUCGCUUGGGAUAUGCAGAGCAGAUAUAGAGUAUUACAUUUGCAAUAAGCUUCAUGUAAGCCUGUAGAGUUCAUGUUACUCGUAGAACAAGGGUGUGCAUGACAUGUGUUUCGCUUGUGCAUUGCAGUAUCCUUAUGUGAUGCCGGUCUGUUACAGCUGAAGCAAGCGUUUAGUAUUUUGAAUUGUCACCUCAAAAAAUAUACAUGCUGGAUCAGUAGAUAAAAAUGUGUUUAUUUAAAGUUCUAUAGCAGCACUCGGAGCAAAGCAUAUUAUUGAUGUACAUUGUGAGUAAUGCACUACACAGUCCUCUAUGAGGAAUUUAAUAAAUCCCAAGAUGCCAGUUGCAUUUGUUGCUCUGCAUGUCCACUUUUCCUAUGCAAAUCAAAUUCUUAUUUUAUGAUAUGAGACAAAGAGUUAAGAUAGUCCCAAAUGCUGUUUUGAAUGGUCUGUACAUAUAUCUAAUACUGCUUCUGUAUCUAUGAAUAUGACUAUUUAAAGGGAUAGUUCUCCUAUAAAUGAACAUUUUGUCAUUUACUUACCUUCAUACCAUUCCAAAUCCACGUGACUUAUUUUCCCUGUGAAGAGCAAAAAAUGUUUUAUUUGUGUUUAAGCAGUAAUAGUAUGUUCAAAACAGUUUAUGUUCCACAGGAAAAAAAAAA